UAUAAUUAGUCUAGUUCUCUUUUUUUAAUAAGACAGUCACUAUAGCGUUAAACUGUGACUACUAACGACUACACUAAAUUGUCUAAAUUAAAUAACACUUCAACUUCAGAGUACUUCAAACUCAGUACAGACUUGGAGACUAGACUUCACUGUGUCACAGUGUGUGAGAAUUGAUAGUGUGUAGCACUUUAAUACUGUGUACUCUGUAGUGUUGUCAACCGUUGUAAGCAGUGUUGCUGCAGUGUAGUCUAGACUCUAGUGCUAGUCUAGAUCUAGUAAUCUAGUGAAGUCUAGUCUGAGCCCUUUACAGUAGGAAAAUGCUGUCUAGGACCUACAUGAGAAUAGUAAAAGCCUAAAUGAAAAUAUCCCCCCAAAAUUAAUUCUGAAGAUUUGUUUUCUGAUUGUUCGCCUGAAGUGGGAAAAAAAACCUUAAAACAAUGCCAGCUAUAAGGAGAACUCUAAAAAAUGUUGUUAAGAACUAUUCAGAUGCGCAAGUCAAAGUUCGGGAAGCCACUUCAAAUGACCCUUGGGGUCCCUCUAGUACACUAAUGACUGAAAUAGCAGAUCUGACCUAUAAUGUGGUAGCUUUUACAGAGAUUAUGCAGAUGAUUUGGAAAAGGUUGAAUGAUGAUGGCAAGAAUUGGAGGCAUGUUUAUAAAAGUCUAGUGGUCCUAGAUUACAUCAUUAAAACAGGCAGUGACAAAGUUGCUCAGCAGUGUAAAGAAAAUUUCCAUGCCAUCAAGACUUUGACAAGUUUCCAGUAUAUAGAUGCUGACAAUAAAGAUCAAGGGAUGAACGUCAGAGAAAAGGCCAAACAGUUGGUGGCCAUGCUGUCAGAUGAUGAGCGCCUAAAGAAUGAAAGGGCAAAAGCACUCAAGGCCAAAGAGAGGUUUGCCCAGAAUGCUAUGGGGGUUGGCAAUGGACAUGGAACCAGUAGAACUCGAAUGAGGCUUGGAGGCAGUCCCCCCAUAGGAUCAGGUUAUCAAGAUACUUAUGGAUACCCAGACUCAGCUUCUCCUGGCAGUGGUAGUGCUGGUACCCCAUCUGAGAUGGAAUCAGCUCGACCGUCCUCUGCAGGGGAAGAAGAACUCCAGCUUCAAUUGGCCUUGGCGAUGAGCAAGGAGGAACAUGAGGAGCAGAUUAGGAAGCAGAAAACUGAUGACAUCAAGCUACAGAUGGCCAUAGAACAAAGCAAAGAACAGGCCAAAAAUGACAGGCGGCGUCAGCAACAGCAACAGACUCAGUACCCAACAAAUUCACAGCCUAGUGCAUUUCUGGAUCUGGCUGGACCCAGCAGCAAUGCAGACCCAUGGGGCAUGCCUCUACCUGCUCAGACCACUGACCCCUGGGGAGCUCCGUUAUAUGCGACAACCGCUCCGCCAGACCCUUGGGGCUCCAGCAGUGCUUCCGCUGGUGGUGGUGGUGCCAGGCCUGCAGUGUACUCCCCUGUCCAAGGUGUGAGUGCCCAGCCUGCUGACCCUUGGGGUGUGCCGGCUCCUAGUCCACAGUCAACUGGAGGUGCAUGGUCCAGUGCCAGUCCCACUCCGCAAGCCUCAGCCUGGGGAGCCCCUUCACCUGCCAGUUCUGCUGGGCCAGAUAUUUUUACUUCUUCAAAAGCUCCAGUGACCAACGGUACAUCUUCCACAAACAAUAUUGACUCGGAGUUUGACCUUUUGAGUGCUCGCAGUACAGAAACAUCUCCAGUUAAAAACUCUGUGCUAGAUGAGUUUGAUUUAUUAGGUGGAGCACACACUAAUGGUACUUCUGGUGAUGCCUUUAACAUGGAUGAACUUAGAGAAAACAUGCCAGAGAGUAAAAAGAAGAGUGCCGAAGCAUUUUUAGGAGGUCAUGCCAACCUGGUCAAUUUAGACCAGCUUGUGGCGCGAGCUCCUCCAAAAGCUAACAACCCAUUCGCUAUGACUACUACCAACAGUAACCCCUUUCAAGAUCCUAGUGCUGGAGUCAGAUUGCCAAUGGCUCACAUGGCCCCAGUGACAGCAACUCCUGGAUUUAUUCAGCCAGUGAACACUGGAUUACUGCCUGCUCCUCUGCUUCCAAUGGGCUCCACACAUACUCAGCCACACACACAGCCACAAGGUUACAACCCGUUUUUAUGAAACACAGUCCAUCUCAUGUGUAUAUUGUGAGCCUGGAUUUUCUUAGUUUUUAGUAACAAGAGGUAUGGAUACAAGGCCUGCCUAAAGUGGCAUGGAAAACAUUCAUUCUUCUUCUUGUGGAUAGGGGAAAACAUCAAAAACAUCUUUUAUGAAGGAAAGAAACAUUUAUUUUCUAUAUUUGGUAAUAGGAAAGAUGGCUGCGCUUGGGAGCGUAUCAUUCAUUGAUGGUGAAAAAAUUUCGUACUGGACAAGGUGAUUGGACAUAAGAAGACCCUGACAACAGAUUGUAGUUAUUGUGAUAUUUUAGGACUACAGCUACUAAAAUGGUGGUGCUGGUUUGUUUUUGCUUGGUGUGAGCUCAGGAUUAUAAGGAUAGGUGUAUUUUUUAUUGAUACACUUUUGGAAAGUGGACAUUGACAUCUUUGCCAGUGACUUUGUAAUUGAAGUAAUGCUGCAUUGUUAGGUUAUAUAUUAAAUGAUCAAGUGGUGGUGUUAAUAUUUCACUUGGACUUCUUGAGGGAGAACAUUAUCAUCUGUAUUUAAAAAGCACAUAUGUACAUUAUAAGCAAUGUUUUUUUUUUUCUUUUCUUUGCUGAUUGUUUUCUGAACUCUGACCUUUCAUUUACAUAUGAAUAUCUCUGUACAAAAUAGGUUUACUGUCUGGAAGUCAGAGUUUGGAAAGGAAUCUUCUUAGAAAUUUUUUUUUUUUUUCUAUGCAUUGAAUAAAGGAACAAGUUAAUCUUCAUUUCAUUGGUUAUCCCAGAAAAUCUUUGUAUGCUCUGUGUAUGCUUGACUUGUGAUUGUGUGUGACUUUGCAAGCCUUAACCCAACCUAAACAAAUAGUGAAAAAUUUUUGUUUAAUUUAAUAAAAAAAAAAAAAAUUCUAAUGUCCAUAAUUACUGAUUUUUACAUAAGUUUUAGGAAUCAAUUUCAGUAUAUUACUAUUGAAAACCUUUAUCACUGAUUUUUGUGAUUUUGCCUCAAUGUAACUUUGAAACAUUAGUUUAAACACACUCACAAGAGAAUUACAAUGAAUUAGGAUCUAUUUUUGUUAUUUCUUGGUCUUGUUUCAAAAGAUUUUUAUAAUGCUGGUUUUUUUUUCUCAUAAAUUUUUAAAUUCUAUCAAAUGUGUCCCAAUCCAGUUGCUCCACACUAUAAGGAGGAUCAUGUUUUUUGUAGCACUCAAUAUCCAAACAAUAGCGAAAGAAAUGUUUAAGAAUCCUGUGAAUUUUAUUACGAGCAUGUGACCCACUUGUUACACAGUAUUGAUGGAAGUACAUUUGUUUUUGUUUAAGUGCCGGUCCUGGAGGACAGGUUAUUGAAAUGGUGUGAAUGAGGACUGUGUGCCAUAUGUCUGUCCAUUGGCCCCUUUCAAGCUUCACUGUCUUUAAGUGUAUGCAUGGCUGGAGGAACAUGUUAUCAAACAAAAAAUACUGACAUCAAGUGCCGCUAUGGUUAUGCAAAUCAUUUUUUUCAUCUUAUGGUGGAUUUAUGUUCCAUGUUUGUGUUAGAAAAUUGGUUUUGUUUUUCUAACUGCUCCUCGGAUGCUUUUUGUAUUUCCGACAAACUAAAAGCCUGUUGCUCUCUUGCUAAGAAUGUACAUUUCCCCAACCGUAUAGACUUUUAAAAAUAGAUUCCAUGUUCUCUUUGCAUUGAAUACAGUGACUUCUGAAUGUUGAUUGGGGAAAAGGGGGGGGGGGGUAAGGGGGCAUUUGAAAAUGCUGAAAUUUGUGUUUGUUCUGUAACAAUGUUUGUUCUGUAACAUUGGAGUAAUGUAAAUAAGGCCUUAUGGAAAGAUGCUUUCAUCUUUUUGCUCACAUUCUCUUCUUGGUUGGUACAUCCAUCUAGACCAUUAACUUAUAUAAUGACUAUGCUCUCUGUUGUGUUUUAUAUACAUUUUUAUCUGGACACAUGUUUCAAAGGUCAUCAGCAUUGUUAUGGCAGUGAAUAAAAACAAAUAUCAUAUUGCCCAAUAACACACAGUUUAUUAAAGAUCUCAAUAGACCUGUGACAAAAUGAAAACUUUAUUGAGCCAUAGGAAAGCUUGUUUGAGCACUUACGUUCUUGAAAUUGUACCAUCAUUUUAUGCAGUGGUUCCUAGACUUUUCUUUUAUAAUUGACAUAAUCAUGGAAUCAGACAGACCCCAACAUAUAAAAGGCUAAUAGAGGCUAAAAAAACCUUCUGGACCUAGACAUUACUUUACUUUACUUGUAUUUUAAAUAGGCCACAGAACUAAAUUAGGUAAAAAUUGGUAAUAAACUUUUUAAUAUGAGAAGAAACAUUCUCUUCAAAAACAUAUUAAUUUCUAACUGAAACAAAAAAAGCAGUGCUGUAAAAGUUGUUUCUAUUCAAAAUUAUAGAAAAAUGUGUUGGUGAAGUAACUUAGCUGAAAUCUGAUGAGAUCCACUGACAAAAUAUUACUUUUGUUAAAAUCUUGAGCUUGUAUGCACACUGGUAGUGCAGAAGAAGAGCUAGAAGAUAUUUCAGUGGAGAAUUGAUUCAUUGAGCUAAUGAAAACCAAACAGACCCUACUUAAUGCCAAAUCUCUCUCAUUCUCAUGUGACAUGUUCUUCAAAUGUGUCUACACCUUGUAUAGUCACACCUAGGGAAUAGCAUCUUGUGUAUUGCUGGCUGUUUGCAAUUUAACUCCAUAGACUUUGUACUAAAAUAACAAAACUAUUCUCAAAUAAAAUUGUACCAUCAUACAAUUGUUUUGUGUUUAUAACUUAAUAAAGAAUUAUUAUUUUUCCUACUAGCAGUUGAUAUUCCACAAAGAAAAAAUAAAGCAAACAUUGACAUG